AUGGCGGCAUCAAAUAAAGCAACAGCCGUCUAUCGGCUAAUUAUGGUUGGAAGUGGUGGUGUAGGAAAAUCAGCUUUAACACUUCAAUAUAUGUAUGAUGAAUUCGUUGUUGAUUAUGAACCAACAAAAGCUGAUUCAUAUCGAAAAGCAGUUAUGCUUGAUGGUGAAGAAGUUCAAAUUGAUAUAUUAGAUACUGCUGGUCAAGAAAAUUAUGCUGCUAUCCGUGAUACUUAUAUUCGUAGUGGUGAAGGUUUUCUCCUUGUUUUUGAUGUAACUGACGCUGAAUCAUUUGGCGAUUUAAAUGAACUUUAUGAACAAAUUUUACGUGUUAAAAAUGGUGGAACAAAUAUUCCGGCAAUAUUAGUUGGAAAUAAAAUUGAUUUAGCUGAACGACGUAAAGUAACACUUGAAGAAGCUGAACAAAAAGCACGUAGCUGGUCAAUUCGUUAUAUUGAAACAUCAGCAAAAACAAAACAUAACGUUGAUAAGGUUUUUUGUGAAUUAAUGCGUAUUGUACGACCAUUUAAAAAUGUACCACGAGAACCAGGUCCACCAACAAAUGGUGGACGACUCACAAAUUCUAAUAAAAGGAAAAAAGACAAAAAAUGUAUUAUUUUAUAA